CAUACGUGCAGAAAAUGGUGAAGGUGUGCAAUGACUCUGACCGGUGGAGUCUGAUAUCUCUGUCCAACAACAGCGGCAAAAACGUGGAACUGAAAUUUGUGGAUUCUCUCCGGAGGCAGUUUGAGUUCAGCGUGGAUUCCUUCCAAAUCAAGCUGGACUCCCUGCUCCUCUUUUACGAGUGUUCCGAGAACCCGAUGACGGAGACCUUCCACCCCACCGUCAUCGGGGAGAGCGUCUAUGGCGACUUCCAGGAGGCCUUUGACCACCUGUGCCACAAGAUCAUCGCCACCAGGAACCCCGAGGAGAUCCGGGGAGGGGGCCUGCUCAAGUACUGCAACCUCCUGGUGAGGGGCUUCCGGCCAGCCUCCGGCGAGAUCAAGACCCUGCAGCGGUACAUGUGCUCCAGGUUUUUCAUCGACUUCUCAGACAUCGGUGAGCAGCAGCGGAAGCUGGAGUCCUACCUUCAGAACCACUUCGUGGGCCUGGAAGACCGCAAGUACGAGUAUCUCAUGACCCUCCACGGCGUGGUGAACGAGAGCACCGUGUGCUUGAUGGGACACGAACGACGGCAGACCUUGAACCUCAUCACCAUGCUGGCCAUCCGGGUGCUGGCCGACCAGAACGUCAUCCCCAACGUGGCCAAUGUCACCUGCUAUUACCAGCCAGCCCCCUACGUCGCCGAUGCCAACUUCAGCAACUACUACAUCGCCCAGGUGCAGCCCGUCUUCACGUGCCAGCAACAGACCUACUCCACCUGGCUGCCCUGCAAUUGAGACUCCCCUGAAAAUGUCCUGCGGGGGAAGCCGUUUCAGACAAGCAUAGCCUUUUCAGUGCUGAGAAAGCAUCUCCGUGUAGUAUUUUGUUAAAAGGAAUGGCUUUCAAACAAAGCAAACGGUGAAGUACAAAGUGGGAAGAUGGCGAGUUGACUUGGCCGAGACCUGCUGCAAAGCCUUUCAGAAUGGAGGAGGCUCUGCCCACUGGCUGUCUCUCCUUCCAACCUCUCUACAACUGUUGCCUGCUCCGAGGCGUCCUGUUGCAGCCCACUGCACCUUGGGUCACUUUUCUGAAAUUUUGACUGUAGACUGUGUCACAGGCAGAAAAGGAGCUGAUGGAAAAUGGGACUCUUACAAACUGACAUGUUUGAAUCAGUGCUAGAGGGAACAGAUUGUGAAUUUUGUUUACAGCAUCCAAUAUUUGGAUUUUUUUUUUUUUUGUAAAUAAAAAGAAGUUAUUUUUUUCUAUUGA